AUGCAUACUUUAGCAUUUAAGAGUGAUGCGGAUUCUGAGAAGGAAAUCCAGACCAACGUUGGUAUGAUGCGCCGUGUUGCACGAGCUGUCAAAAGCUUUUCCGUGAACUUUCAGUUCUUUGUAUACCCUGGUGGCACAAGGGGCUACGGAAUAUACCGCCUCGAUGGCAUCUUCACAGCACCACUUACGGAAGCCCUCGUAGAUCAACUACCAGAUGACUACGUAAAGACGGUUGCAUACCCACACUACCGUGCCUUGCUUGCGAAAGAGUCCAAAGAUCAACAAUGGACCUGGUGUGAGCUAGUUCCAGAUGUCAUUGUUGGAUUUACGCCCAAUGGAUCCGGCUUCUCACUUGCAGGCCACUGGGCAGUGUACCUCUAUACCUACAAGCUUGUCCACGGACAAGCCGCAGAGGCGCCGUUUCAAGGUGUAAAAGCCGGCUACGACUCCUUGUUCAAGGAAGUAAGCGCAACGAUGCUGGCAAAACUUGCUAUACAUGCAUCGCUCCACCCGGAUGACUUCCGCGAACGCAUUUUCAACGUAGCCGAUAGCGCGAUACCGGGCUCCAUGCGACAGCGUUGGCCUCAGGUCGCGAGCUGGUUCGGCUUGAGAGGUAUCCCGCCACGGGACACAGCAAGUGUGAACGAUCCAAAGCCAAGCGACCUAAUCAAAGCAUAUCGAGAGGAGCUGAGAGAGGCUGAGGUAAAGGGUGUGGAUAUCUGGAACUCGGGCCAGCUUGAUAGUGUCGGGUACUGGCUGACUUUCGAUCGACAUCUGAGUCUGAACAGGCUGAGAAAUGCAGGAUCCCACGAGAACCGUAAGCCGGAGGAAGGAUGGUGGGAUGCGUUUCCGAUGUUCAAGAAAGCUGGGAUGAUCCAGUGA